AUUCAGUAUAAACAAGCUGUGAUGGUUUGUCUGUCUGUCCCUAAUGUGUAUCAGUUAAAAAUAGCUAUAACGCUGUGAACCUGACUUGCAGAAUGCCUUAACGUUGAUUAAUGCACUGUGAAAAUGGGCUGUUGCUCUUUUGUUGGAAGUGUGAGUGUUUCUUUAGUCGCACUGAUUUAACCGAUAUGACUGUUGCAAGUAAUCUAAAUAAGUGUCAUAUGAGACAUCUAUUGACCAUCUCUCAGAUUUAGAAACUCUGUCAUACACCGCUCUCUCCCUCGUGCUCUUAUGCUAUUACGUAUUCGAUGCUUCUAUCGAUGUCCACAUCAUUCUGCCUUGUUGAGUUAUUGGAAGUUCCCUAAUUGGCUGUGAGUGUGUGUGUGUGUAUUUGCUUUAGACUCUCCCCUGCUAAUGUUAACCCCUCCACCCACUUCUUUGAAAACAACAGCCGUGUUUUGCUCCUCCACGCUCUUUUUAUUUCCCUUCCUGGAUCUCCAUGGAGCAGCCGGACUCUAGCGUCCCAGACGUCAGCAGUAAAGUGCAGCUGCAUGGCGUGCUCUGGAAAAGAUCCUCCGGAAGACCAUCAGCCAAAUGGGCUCGAAGAUUCUUCAUUAUCAAAGACAGCUUCUUGCUUUACUAUGCUGAGAAUGAGAAAAGAAACUUUGAAGCUAACAGAUACUUCAACAUCCAUCCAAAGGGAGUUAUCCCUCUAGGCCGAUGUGUGGUCGAGCCAAAGGAGGAACAGGGCAUGCCCUUUGCCAUGGUUAUCAACCAUGAGGAAUUUAAUGGAGACAUCGUGUUAGCAGCAGAGUCAGAGUCAGAGCAGAGCCAAUGGCUGGAGAUGCUGGAGGAGUCAGGAAAAGUCACCUGGAAGAACGCCCAGUUAGGCGAGGCUAUGAUUGAGAGUCUGGAGGCUCAGGGACUGCAGUUGGCCAAAGAGAAACAGGAGUACCUGGAUAAACUGAUGGAGGAGACUGAAGAACUAAGUUUACAGAGAGAACAGAAGGCGGAGCUGGAGCGACUGAAUCAGGUGCUGGAGGAAGAGAAGCAGAGGUUUGAGGAGGUGCUGAUGGAGCUUAGAGCCGAGCAGGAGCAGAUCAAGCGGGAUUUGGAUGGAACAGCUCUGUCACUGAAAGGAGUCGAGUCUGAGAAAGAAGAGCUUAACAGUCUGACCAUUCGACUACAGCGGUCUCUUGAGGAGCUAUCUAAGGAGAAGCAGCAUACUCUGGAUAUGCUCAGAGCGAAAGAGAUGGAUGGGAUUGACUCUGUGGACCAGGCUUCUGCUCCUGACCUUAAAUGCCCCAAACCACAGGAACAGCUACAGGGCAACCUAAGAAACAUCGAGGAGCACAUGAUGUGUCUACUCUGUGAAAAGAAGCAGGCAGAAGAGAGGCUGAGAGAGAACGAGCAGCGAGCUCAUGUGCUACAGGAGGAGAGAGAAUUUUACUCAACUCAUGCUCAAGCACUUCAGCAGUCCCUCAGUCAGCUAGCAGCUGAUAAACAGCAGGCCGAAACUGAGCUCAAGGCUGAGAUGGAGUCCAGGGCAGAGUUAGAACGCAGGCUGAAGAUGGCUGAGGAGGCCCUGAAGAACCUGGAACAGGGUCUACACUGUUUGGAGCGCAGUCGAGAGACAGACGAGAAGCUGAUAGGAGAUGUCAGCCACCUCCGCAAGUUCUUUGAGGAGUGUAUCUGUGCUGCAGAGAUUGAGGCCAAGCUGCCUGCCAUCAUGAAAAACUCUGUGUAUCUGCAUAAAGCUGCUGCACGGCGAAUUAAAAGCUGUCGCAUCCAGAGACAUGCUUCCAGGCAACACUGGCGGAAACACUCUCAGUCUUUUGCUGGAACACAUGGAGAGACUUCCAGUCUGGAGGACCUGAAAGAGACCACUCGGCGUCUGACCUCGGACAGCUGCUUUAGACAGCACAGCAAAGAAGGCCAUCAGCCGACAGGGCACAGCGCAGUUUAAGGACUGAGAUCAGUGUGAGGCAUCAACACCAACCUGGUCUGAUAAUCGUUCAAUGAGUAAAGAUUUGCACAGAUUUUGGAUGAAAAGUUGUGAAUGGCUAGAAAGGUUAGUGUUAUGAGAAGGCUUAGUGAUUGGAUCUUUUCUUUGUUUGUGUGAAAUCUCUUGCACUAAUAGGUUCCAAUUAUUGUUUGAUCAACACACAGGAAGUCCUGAAGGAUAUUGAACGUCUUUAUAUGACCGCUUUCUCUGCUGUAAUAAGUUAUUAUACAUUAUAUACACUCACUGUCCACUUUAUUAGGAACACAUGCACAUUCAUGCAGUUGUCUAAUCAGCCAGUCAUGUGACAGCAGCCUGAUGUUGCUGUCAAACAUCAGAAUGAAGAAAUUGUGAUUUCUGUGACUUUGAUCGUGAAUGGUUGUUUUGAGUAUUUCAGAAACUGCUGAUCUGGUGGGAUUUUGAGUGUUAUUGGCCUUGAGAGUUUACUCAGAAUGGUGUGAAAAACAAAAAAAAAAAUAGAGUGAGCAUCAGUACUAUGGGUGUAAAUGCCUCAUUGAUAAGAGAGGUCAGAGUAAAAUGGCCAGAUUUGUUCGAGCUACCAGGAAAGACGUAGUAAUUCAUGUAAUCACUCUUUAUAACCAUGGUGAGCAGAAAAGCAUCUCAGCAUGCACAACACAUCAAAUCUUGAGGAGGAUGGUCUACAACAGAAGAAGACCACAUCAGGUUCCACUCCUGUAAGCCAAGAACAGGAAUGUGAAGCCAUCAUGGGCACAGGCUCAUCGAAACUGGACAGUUGAAGAUUGGGGGGAAAUCAUCUAGUCUUUUUCCAGUCUUCAACUGCCAAGUUCUACCAUUCUGUGUAAACUCUAGAGACUUUUGUAGGUGAAAUUCCCAGGAGAUCAGCAGUUUCUGGAAUACUUAUUCCCAUGUGGUACCAACCAUCAUGCCACAGUUAAAGUCAGAGAUCACACUUUUUCCCCCAUUCGGAUGUUUGAUAUGAACAUGAACUGAAGCUCUUGACCUGUAUCUGCAUGGUUUUAUGCAGUGAGCUGCUGCCACAUGAUUGGCUGAUUAGACAACUCCAUGAAUGUACAGGUGUUCAUAAUAAAGUGGACGGUGAGUGUAUAUUAUGCUGGACAGUUAAUUUUGUUUUACUUGUCACAAUUUUAUAUUCUUCAGUUGUUUCCUCAGGAUGUGUUCAUAUUUAUUCAUUUACUGUAGUUCAUGUACAUCAUUAUAUUUCUGUCUUAAACAUUUCUGACAAUAUCAGUUACACUGGUCAAGCUCAGCUACAGUAAAAAAUGAUUAAUAUUAACAUCCUUAAUGUAAUGUCCAUUUAUCAUAGCAGCACACUGUAUUAUGUUUAAAUCGAAUACAAUACUGUAUUUUUACAGGACAUAUUAACUAUAUUACUGUAU